GUGACUCUGCCCUGUAUUCAUCUGCUGCAGAGAGCUGGCGCCACCUGGCGGUCAGGGGUGAUAUUGGGAGUAAUGAGCAGAAGCGCCGCCGCAUUCAGGGGACUCCGCUCCUCCCGCACUGAUCACUGGGGCCCGGGCACAGAGCUACCCCCAGAUCCCGGCUCCACAGCUCAUUGGAAGACUGGAGGUGGAGUAUAUAGCGGAACACAGGGGUACAAGGACGUGAUGAUGGAGAAUCACCGGCCCCUCACAUCACUGGCAGAACAACCUAAAGAUCCUUCUACUCAAUUUAAGGAGGAACCAGUCUUAUGUGAUGGAGGAACCCUCAGAGACAGUGACCUUUAUACACCCAAAGAUUAUACACAGGAUACAUCUACUCAUAUUAUGGAGGAACCAGUCUCAUGUGAUGGUGGAACCCUCACAGAGAGUGUCAUUUAUACACCCACAGAUCAUACACAGGAUUCAUCUACUCAUAUUAUGGAGGGACCAGUCUCAUGUGAUGGAGGAACCCUCACAGACAGUGACAUUUAUACACCCACAGAUCAUAUACAGGAUACAGCUACCCAUAUUAAGGAGGAACCAGUCUCAUGUGAUGGAGGAACCCUCACAGACACCAACAUCUAUACACCCACAGAUCAUACACAGUAUACAUCUACUCAUAUUAAGGAGGAACCAGUCUCAUGUGAUGGAGGAACCCUCACAGACAGUGUCAUUUAUACACCCACAGAUCAUACACAGGAUUCAUCUACUCAUAUUAUGCAGGAACCAGUCUCAUGUGAUGGAGGAACCCUCACAGAUAGUGACAUUUAUACACCCACAGAUCAUACACAGUAUACAGCUACUCAUAUUAAGGAGGAACCAGGCUCAUGUGAUGGAGGAACCCUCAGAGACACAACAGAUCAUACACAGUAUAUAUCUACUCAUAUUAAGGAGGAACCAGUCUCAUGUGAUGGAGGAACCCUCAGAGACAGUGACAUUUAUACACCCACAGAUCAUACACAGUAUACAUCUACUCAUAUUAAGGAGGAACCAGUCUCAUGUGAUGGAGGAACCCUCACAGACCGUGCCAUUUAUACACCCACAGAUCAUACACAGUAUACAGCUACUCAUAUUAAGGAGGAACCAGUCUCCUGUGAUGGAGGAACCCUCACAGACAGUGUCACUUAUGCACCCACAGAUCAUACACAGGAUACAUCUCAUAUUAUGGCAGAAUCAGGAUCUUACAGUGGUGAAAUUUGUGUUAAUGAACAGAGCAGCUAUUAUAGACACCAGAAGGAAAAACAGAUUAAUCUCUCUGAAGACCAAGCUUGUUCCUGCUCCGAAUGUGUAAAAUGUUAUAAAAUGAAAGGAAAUGUAUUUCUGCAUCAGAGUCUGCACACAGGAGAGAGACCGUAUUCCUGCUCUGAGUGCGGGAAAUGUUUUAGAUGUAAUGCUUAUCUUAUAGUACAUCAGAGAAUUCACACAGGAGAGAAACCAUAUUCUUGUAGUGUAUGUGGGAAAAGAUUUAUCAGUACGUCAGAUUUGAUAAAGCAUCAGAAAACCCACACAAGAGAGAAGCCAUAUUCCUGCUCUGAGUGUGGGAAAUGUUUUAUAAAUGCAUCUUGUUUGAUAAAGCAUCAGAGAACCCAUACAGGAGAGAAGCCGUACUCCUGCUCUGAGUGUGGGAAAUGUUUUACCACUAAAUCUGGUCUAUUAAUACAUCAGAGUGUGCAUACAGGAGAGAGACCGUAUUGUUGCUCUGAGUGUGGGAAAUGUUUUAGACGUAAAUCAUAUUUUGUUAAUCACCAGAAAACCCACACAGGAGAGAGACCAUAUUCCUGCUCUGAGUGUGGAAAAUGUUUUACCAGUAAAACAGCCUUGCAGAAGCAUCAGAUAUGUCACACAGGAGAGCGACCGUAUUCCUGCUCUGAGUGUGGGAAAUAUUUUUCUAGGAAACCAAAUCUGAUAAGACAUCAGAUUAUUCACACAGAAGAAAAACCAUAUUCCUGCUCUGAAUGUGGGAAAUUUUAUAGGAGUAAAUCAUACUUUGCUGAGCAUCAGAGAAUCCACACAGGAGAGAAACCAUAUUCUUGCUCUGUCUGUGGGAAAAGAUUUAUCAGUACAUCAGAUCUUAUAAAGCAUCAGAAACCCCACAGAGAGAACUCACAUUCUUCUGAAAGUGGGAAUCAUCAGAGACCUGCAACAGGAGAGAGACCGUAUCCUUGCUCUGAGUGCGGGAAAUGUUUUAGACGUCAUUCAUUUCUUGUUGUACAUCAGAGAAUUCACACAGGAGAGAAACCAUUUUCUUGCUCUGUCUGUGGGGAAAGAUUUAUCAGUUCAUCAGAUCUUAUAAAGCAUCAGAAAACCCACAGAGAGAACUCACAUUCUUCUGAAAGUGGGAAGUGUUUUACCAGUAAAUCAAUUUUCAAGAAUCAUCAGAGACCUGCAACAGGAGAUAGACCGUAUCCUUGCUCCGAGUGCGGGAAAUGUUUUAGACGUCAUUCAUAUCUUGUUGUACAUCUGAGAAUUCACACAGGAGAGAAACCAUUUUCUUGCUCUGAAUGUGGAAAAAGAUUUAUUAGUACAGCAGAUCUUAUAAAGCAUCAGAAAACCCACAGAGGAGAGAAGCUGUUCUCCUGCCCUGAGUGUGGGAAAUGUUAUACCAGUAACUCAAGUCUGAAGAAGCAUCGGAGACUCCACACAGGAGAGAAUCCAUAUUCCUGUUCUGAGUGCGGGAAAUGUUUAUUCAGUAAAUGGAAUCUGAAGAAGCAUCAGAAGCUCCAUACUGGAGAGAUCCCUUAUUUUUGCUCUAAAUGUGGGAAAUGUUUUGUUAGGAAAUCAGCCUUUCUAAACCACCAGAAGUGUCACACUGGAUAGAACCUGUAUUCCUUUUUUGAACGUGGGAAAUGUUUUACACGUGUUGGAUAAAAGCCUUAUUCGGAAGCAGCGAGACUUAUUCAAUGGAAAACUCAGAACAGUCACAGCAUGUUAUACAUCACAGGUUACCUGUAAUUAUCUAGAAACAAAAGGACAUAAAACACAUAGCAGAGACUAGCCAUAAUCUUGUUCUACAUGUGGGACAUUUUUUACUAGUGAGCAAGGUAUAAUGUUUCUUUAUAAUAUCUUUGUUGAAGGCUAUCAUGGCAAUAUGUUAUAUUCUAAGAGACAAUAGGGGCAUUUUUUGUCUAUAUGAAGCAAAUUUUGUAAACAAGAAAAAAAUAAAAUCAGAAUUAUGAAACAAGAGAAAUGCUUCUUUAUAAUAUCUUUGUGGAAGGCUACUCAAAAAGAAGCUGGUGGUAAUUUUUUUGUUCUGUAAUUAUAUAAGCAAAAUAACAAGACAAAUUAGAAAUUUCUAAUUACAAAAGAAGAGAAAUAAAAAUUGAAGCCUUAAAAUCAAAAGAAUAGGUAAUUAUCUAAAUAGAUUCAUCUGGCAAAUGGGUUUCAAACUUUCAUUCAAAUUAUAAACGCCUUAAAAAUCUAAGUGAAAUUAAGUUCAUCUAUUUUUUGUCCUCCAUCUGGUCUAAAGAAAUAAUAAUACUGCUCCAAAUAAAAUAAAAUGGUUUAGUUGGAGAAAUAUUACUCAAGUCAGCGUUUGUAGCGUUAAUUUCAUACUAUUGUAAGAUUAGAGGAGUGCCAUUGACCCAGUGAACCAUAUAUUGAAGAAGAAUAAAGGGCAAUUCCAUGAAAAUCCGGAAAUAGAGCCUAAAACAUAUCAGAAAUCUUCUAUUUUGCUAAUAGAGGAAUAUCAUUUGCUUUAUAUUAGAUCCUUAUGCAGUCAAUGUUGACUGAAAACAAUAUUAUCAGCAGACUUUCAUUUAUCUUUAUAUACUGUAAAGCAAUAAUAAUAUAGGUAUUUGAUUCAGUUAUCACAUAUCUCACUAUCAAAGUUAAUAUUAGAAAAUAAUCAGUUUAAGAACUAUAAAUAAUUAUCUUCCCAUGAUAUGGUUAAAUUAAAACAUACCCAAAAAGGUAAAAAAAAGUUUAAUUGUCCUGAUUUCAAGAUAUCCCCUCAUAAUUUAUAUAUAAUUUUUUCUAAAUGCAAGUUAAGUUUUAGAUGGUCUUAACAUUUUUACCAGCUGUAAUUUAAUGUAACGGAAUCACAUUAUUUUGAGUCUUUUUACCCUAAAAUGUGUUUUAGGCGUAAUGUCAUGCAACUAGCAUGCAAAGGGAAACGUUACUGAUUAAUUGGGUUUCCCCUACUUGUAUAUGGUAUGCGACUUGUCCUGGCAUGUAGAAAAGCUAUGUCAUCUGCAUCGUAGCAAUUUGUACACAGAUUCAUCCGAGGACUGUGCGUCCUAGUGACGACUAAGUAGGUAAAAACACGCCUGGUGCUAGAACAGUCACAAGGGACCUGGUGCGCUGAGAGACCGAACCAAUAAUGUAUGAGGACACGUCUGUAGGAAACAGAUCUUCCAGCUGAUCUCCGUCAUUGAUUCCACACACUGCAAUGAGUAAUAAUCCUGAGGAAGUGUUUUAUUGCCAAGAAAUGUCAGCAUAUUCCCGGUGCGUUCCAGAGCUCCGUACAGGCUGCACUUCAUGAAUCUAGUGAGGUUGUUGUGCAUGGAGCUAUUUGUAGUUAUCUGAAUCUAUGUUUCUGUCACCUUUUACUAACAAGCAUUCCAAAUAUUCAGCCAUGUUGAUACAUUUCAAAUUGUGUAAGUUUGUCUUUAAAUAUAUAAUACUGUAGUAGUUGCAUUAGUAGGUAGCAAGCAUAUUGUAGUCAGUACACUUUACCACUUGGUGAUUCCAUUACUACACCAUGGUGAGUCUGUCACACAAAUUGUCAUACUUUUAUCACCUUUCUGUACAUGUCCCCAUCUUGCAAUAUGUGAAAAUCUAAAAUUAAUUCUGGAAGCUGAUUGUAAGAAUGUUGUGUACACAGAGUAACAUGUCUGAUAAAUGGUGACUCCAUUCUCCACAUUGAAAGUGGGCUGAUUUAUUAAGGAUAAGCUAUUCUAAUGGUAUUUUAUAUGGGGUUUUAUUAAGGGCUGUUGGGUUAUUUUCACAUUAAUAGAGGGAGUUGUAUGAUGAAUAGAGUAUAUUACUAUAAAAAGGUUAUAUCAUUACUGGUGGAAUUGCCUUAAAUAUAGAAAACUUUUAUGUAUGUGUUUUUGAAGUUUGUGUUGAGGGAAUUUGUUUUCAGAUUUCUUUUUAUACUUUUAUUAAACUCAUAAUAUAAUCUGUGCAUAAUUGUAUAUGAUU